GCCGGAAAGAGUCGCCCAUCGUCGCCACUUCAGCCGCUUCUUUUCUCCCUCCCUCUCUGUCUUACCUGCCCCAAAGGAAAGCGACGUUCCUUUAUUCUUCUCCCCCAGGACUUCUAGAAAGCGGGUUUCGAUCCGGUUCUUGAUCGCCCCUACUACCACGCGAGAUGGAGGAAGAUGGGAACGGAUGGGAGGAAGGGAGGGUGGAGGACGAGUCACAGGUCCACUGCCUCGAUCUGACGAGCUUCCAGCUUCACGAUCUCGGCGAGGUCGAGAUCCCGGAGAGCCUCGAAGAGUUGGAUCUCACGGCCAAUAGGCUCACCAAGUUGGACCCGCGGAUUGGUCUCCUCUUGCAUCUCAAGAAGCUUUCGUUGCGGCAAAACCUCUUCGACGACGACGGCGUGGAACCCAUCUCCGGUUGGAAUACCAUCUCUGGAUUACAUGAGCUGGUACUCAGGGACAACAAGCUCAGAAAAAUACCUGAUGUUAGCAUUUUCAAGAACCUCCUUGUAUUUGAUGUCUCAUUCAAUGAGAUAUCUUCAUUGAAUGGUUUGUCCAAGGUAUCAAACACACUAGAAGAGCUUUAUGUUUCAAAGAAUGAAGUAACCAAGAUGGAGGAACUUGAGCAUUUGCAUGCACUGCGAAUUCUUGAACUUGGUUCAAACAACUUACGGAUAAUGGAGAACUUGCAGACAUUGACAAAUUUGCAAGAGUUGUGGCUCGGAAGAAAUCGUAUCCGCAUGGUGAACUUGUGCGGACUGAACUGUAUCAGAAAAAUUAGUUUGCAGAGCAACCGAUUGACGUGCAUGACAGGGUUUCAAGAAUGUGUAGCACUAGAAGAACUGUAUCUGAGCCACAAUGGUAUUCAGAAAAUGGAAGGUUUAGCUACCUUAGUAAAUCUGCGUGUCUUAGACAUUUCAUCAAAUAAACUUACUGCUAUCGAGGAUAUUGAGAACUUGACAAGGUUAGAAGACUUAUGGCUUAACGACAACCAAAUAGCAUCAUUGGAGGGCUUAGAAUUAGCUGUAUCGGGUUCAAGGGAGAAGCUUACAACCAUAUAUCUGGAGCAUAAUCCUUGUGCUGGCUUUCCAAAUUACUCUACUACUUUGAAGAAGCUUUUUCCAAAUCUUCAGCAAAUUGAUUCAGAUAUAUUAAUGUGAGGAUCAAAUAGCAUCUUGUUUUGCAGAGCAUUGGAGGCAGUCAUCAAGAUGACUUCUGAUACAUCUUGGUGCAAGUUGAAUUGAAUCAAAUAUUUAUGCCAUUCGCAAGUGAUAAAGACCAAGGAGUUGUGGACGCUGAUCUGCCCGUCUCGUUCUGUUAUUUUUAUUUAAAGAAUACGUGUGUAUGGAUGAGUCCUUUUAAUGCUAUCUACUCAGAGGGAGAUUGUAUGUCAUAAACCAGUAAUAUUCAGUUAAAUUGUAGUCUCCUGGUUUAAAAUUAUUCUUCCUUGAGACUUUCAUGGCUCAAUGGUAUGAUGGAAAAUACUCAAAAUAGCUGCUGUACAAGUCUUUUCUGGUCCGACGGUAUGACGCUCUGCAGUUCUUCAGUUAUGUUAGCUUGCAUAUUGAUCUAA